CGUGAUCGGACGUAACGUACAGAAACAAACAUGGCGCCGCGAAAGUGAAGAGCAUAGAUCUAAUGGUAAAGAGAGCUGAGCUAGGUCAGAUAGUUUGAUGUCCACAGCCGAGGACAGAUGAGAGGAAGAAGACGACAGUCUACAUCAUCCAGUAAAUCAGUCGCUCUUGAGCAAACCGGGAUGGCUCUGAGGAAGCCAGCAAUCAACGACACUGUCUCAGAGAGCCAACAGAUGGACGAAGACACUCAGGAGGACGACGACACAGACAAUAAGGAAGAGUUAUCUGUAUCUCUUCUGUCGGUGUCAUCAGCAAGAGACAAACGAAGGAGGGGGAGAGAAACCAAACCCAAACCCAAAGAGAUGACGGAGGAGGAGAUGAUGGACUUAGCUCUGCGUCUGAGCAAACAGGAGGCCAGUGUGUCUGCGCUCAGACAGAGAGAGGAGGACGAGGCCGUGAUGAAGGCCAUCCAAGAGAGCGUGAGUGCAGAGAUGGUCGACCAGGCGUCUCAGAGUGAAUCUCUCAGGCUUUGCUCCCGACGGAAACUCUUGUACCCGAAUGGGAUCCGAGCGUCUGCCCCAGACGAAGACGACUGCGAGUCAAAGACGGACCUGAGCUCAGACAUGAAUUCUGGAGAUGACGACAACAGGAGUAAAAAGCGGAGAAGGAAAGCAGAAAGUCCUCUGCCGGAGAUGCCAGACUUGUCCCAGACUCAGAAAAUCUCAUCUCAGGAUUCUUUAACCCACUUAGAGUCUCUGGACUCUCCGCUGCAGAGCUCUGACUCGACGCAGAUCGACGACUGCGAGCUCCGUAAAUCUCCCGUCUUCCCCUUGACCGGCUGCAGAGCCGAGGUCCAAAUCAGCCGGCUGAACCAGAACCUGCUGGACUCCUGCAGAAACUCAGGGUUUGUCUUCUGCUCUCAGGACAGUUGCACUUCCACUCAAAAGUCCGCUCGGCCCAAGAGCCCGACGUUCCCAGGACGUAACGUCACGCCCUGUCCCAAAAGUCCCGUCUUCUCAGAGAACGAUCGGGGAGACGACAGAGAAGCGGAGCCGAGUCCCGAGUAUGUUAAAAGUCCCGUGUUUGGGAGGAACACUCAGCGUGAGGCGUCUCCAAGUGCCUGCAAACCCCACGGUGCUGCGUCUAGCCCAACCUGCGAAAACUCAGGGUUCAAUUUCUCUUCUCAGGAGAGUUUAUCUCCCUCUGCGAGGGCCUCGUCCUCCCGGCCCAAGAGCCCUGUAUUCCCAAGCAGCCCCGGUCUUCCAGAGAAUUCACCGUCCUCAGAUGAAUUAAUAAUAAUCUCCGAUACUCCAGGACGGGCUCAGCAGAGUCACGGCCACCGCAAAAGCCCAGGGUUUGACAUGAAGUCGAUUCCUUCGGCUGCAGAGCUACUAGCUUCAAACGGAAAAGGGAGUCCAUCGGGCAGCAGGGAGGACACGAGGGCCGACGGCGGGUUAAACUCGAUCAGCAGGCCGUCUGAAUCAGACAAGCCAAAGAACAGGUUCAACAAAGACUGGAAUUCACCCCAGGUGGAGAUGAGCAGCGACAUGAAGCUCGUCUGGUCGGACGAGGGGGAAGAGGACGUCACGCCGGCCAGCUCCCCCAGUCCGGUCUUCCCCGAGGAGGCCCCUGUCCACCGGGCGGAGAGCCAGACGGCCUCCCUGAACCACGAGGCUGCAGCUUCUCCAGAAACGACCGGGCUGAACCGCAGCCGACUGCGUCCAUCCACCACGGAGCAGGACCUGCAGGGGAAGGUCAGCGCGACGUCGCCCUCGUCACUUGGGGAGCCCACAGGCAGGCAGACGGUUCACUACUACUGGGGGGUUCCCUUCUGCCCUCGAGGCCUCGACCCCGACAGGUACACCCAGGUGAUCCUGGCUCAGAUGGAGGUCUACAAAAAGAGUCUGAAACAGGCCCAGAGGUGUCUGCUGAGGAAGGCUGAGUGGGGAGAGGCCGUCCUGCCGCAGCCAGAGAAAUCUCCUUCACCUGAGUCGCCCUCUGAUUCACCUCAACAUCCUGCUCCUCGAAGACGAGGCCUCAGGCUGAGAGGCAAAAAACAGUUCGAAUCAGCUGAUUUCCUUCCAGCCGAUGAGGAGGACGAGGAGGAAGAAACGAAGGGUGAAGAGGAGGAAAAAGAGAAGAAAAACAAAGAAGAGGGAGAGAAGAUUGAAGGAGACGAAGGACAGGUGGACAACGACGACUGUGUGGUUUGUCCAGAGACGCAACUGAGCGACGACAGCACCCAGGAUCUGAUAAUAGAAGCUGAGGGACGAGCAGAGCCUCCGCCUGAAAGCCCCGAGCUGUGUGAAGUCGAGAUGAUCCUCCGAGACGAUUCUCCGGCCGGGGACGAGCCUCUGGAGCACGAGGAGGACAUGGAGGUGGACGGAGAGCCGAAGAAGGGACUGGCCCCCGUCAGCAGCAUUAAUCCUGGAGGACAAACUGUGAGAGAGGAGGAGGAGGAGGAGCAGGAGGUGAAGGUGGACAGGACGGGUCCAGAUGUGAAUCCAGAUGCGGAGCAGGUAAAACACAGAGGUCUUCAGAGGUCGACGUCGCCUGAACUGGAGUCGACCGUCGUCUCCUGCGGCCCAAAAGCCUCCGUCGACUGUCCCAUCUGCCAGACCUCGUUCCCGGCGAGUGAGAUCGAGGUUCACGCGGCGUACUGCGACGGGGACGGGGACGUGGACGUGGACGAGAGGAGGCCCGAAGUCGUCUGUUCCCAAGUUUCGCUGAAGCCGUGGAGGAAGAGAACGAAGAGAUCAGAGGUGGCAGCCGAAGAGACGAGCGACUCUGGGAAGAAUCAGAAGUGCUACAUCUGUCAGAGAGGCGUUCCUCUGAGAGAGUACAGCCGACACACCGAGCUCUGCAUCAGGCGUCACCCAGUGAGGUCUGCAGCGAAGGGAAAUCUGCUGUCGGCUCUGGAGCAGAAUGAUGGCAGGGACUCAGAAGCUGGGCCGUCUGGAUCCAAACUCCAGCCGAGCGAAGUCAUCGAUCUGAACGAUGAUGACGACGACGAUGACGACGACAUUUCGACGUUGAGGAUCAGCAACUCUCCCAUCCGGUCCUUCACUUCCAUCUCCGAGGCCACCGACUGCCUUAUUGACUUCAAAAAGACGCAGCGAACCAAGAAGCUGAGCCGGCGACGAAGAUGAGGAUGACGAGGAGGAGCAACAGUAGCGACAAAAAAGACUGAAAACCAAAGCCUUUAAACAAAAGAACUGGAAAGACCUGAAACAUUUCCUAUUUUAUUUAAACAGAAAUAAACUGUUGACAUUCUUUGGUUUUCAUAAUUGGAUAUAGCAGAAAAGCCCAAAUUCUGUCAAAUAGCUAAUUAGCACUUUAAACAGCACAUAGAUGUCUCAUGGGUCCAGAUGCUACUCAGUCCUCCUCUUCAUCCUUAUCUCCAUCUUCAUGUCCAGUAUUGUGCCUUUUUUUUUUUUGUUUUUUUUGUUUUACAUGCAGCAAGCUCAGGAUUAAGCGCCGCUCCCUCUCUUCAUGGUGCCACAGCCCCUUGAACCCCAGCGUCACACUACUGUAGUCGGUUGUUACAUAGGUCAGCCAGAGGUUUGAGUUUCCACUGAAAGACUUUGAAGCAACGCAACAAUGUGCAACCUCCUGUUUUGUAAGACUCCACAGCGACGUUCAGUUGCAUCAACCAGGCCAGUUUUUUCUUCAUCACUUUUCUACGCGACUGGACGUUAAAGGCUGAUAGAGAUGAUGCACUGUAGAUUCUUCUGGUCAACAAAUCCCCCCAGAAACAAAGGAAGCAACCAGAUCAACAUUUUCACUCUACGUGCACCGUCCUGCUGCUGCCAACUCACCAGAUCUCCAAAUAUAUAUCAAUCCACUGUUUAAAAAUAGUCCCUGACAAACGCACUGUUUUCUUGUGUAUUUAUUUGUGGUAGCAUUUUGUUUAUGUAUUUUAAAAGCAGCACCUGUUUUUGUUAUCACGCUAAAAGAUCCACAAUGCAUUGUUGGUUUUGGUCUUCAAAUGGGGUUUGUUGAUAAUAAAAUCGAUAUACUGUACAUACACGA